AUGAAUAAACUAUAUAAAAUUUUAAGUUUAUUUUUAAUAUUUUCAUUUAUAAAAGAAAUUUAUUGUAUAAUGGAUAAUAAUAAUAAUAAAAAUCCUGUUCGUUUUGAAUGUAUUCCAAAUUCAUGUUUAUCGGAUCAUUCAUGUAUUGAAGAUUUAGAAACUGGUAAAAAUAAAUGUGUUGAUGAUAGUACUCGUAAAGUUAUAUUUCAAUCAACAAUUGUUACAAAAUGGCAUAAUGAUAAUGAUAAUGAUCCUAAAAUGCAUGUUUCUGUUGAAAUUAUCAAUGAAAAUGUUAAUACAAUUCAUAAUUUAGUCAUUGUAAUCGAUUCAUCAGUUAGAGUAAUUGAUUUGUGGGGUAUGAAUAAAAAUAAAAGUGUUUAUCAAUUACCAUCAUAUGUUCAAAUUCCACCAAAUUCAACUCAUAAUUUUGGUUACAUUUGUGAUGGUUUCCAAUUACCAAAAAUAUUUCUUGGUGCUGUGUAUAUUAUAAUUUAA